UCGUCUUGUUGCGGAUGUUUUCUUCUGACUCUGCUGUCAUUGCUGGCCCUUGUGCUCGAUUGUACUUACCAUUCCACUAUUGUCGACGAUUUUCUCCGUAUUCGUCUGCUGAUCCUCUCUGCCUCAUGAUAUCCCUUUUUUCUGUGCUUUCUAGUGAGCCAUUUACAGCCCUUUUCUCGUGCGGGGCGGUUAGAGGAAGAAAGCAAAGAAUCUGAAGUAGACGAAGAAGAAGAAGAAGAAAGAAAGAAGAAAGAGGCGUUUGUAUGAGAAGAGAGGGGGAGGAAUCUCUAGCAAUUCGGCAGGAAGUGGAAGGGGAAACAGAAAUUGUGUGUGAUUUUGGUGUGAGGAGAAUCCUUGGGGAGAUUUUGAGGAGGAGGAGGAGAAGUGGGAUUGUCGUGGGAUUGUGAGGGUAAGUGCUUUUGUGGCGUGAGAGAAAGAUAGAGUCGGCAACCAUGAGCGGGGACAACAGGUUAGGCUGAUGGGAGUGUUGGGAGGGCGGUGAAGUGGUGGGGAGACACUCGGGAGAGGAUCAGUUGGUUUGGGUCCACCGGGGGCGUGGGGUUGGUUUCGCGGGCUUGCUCGUCGAAGAUCAUCAUCCUCGUCUCUCUAAAUGUCUGGAGAAGAAGACCUGUAUCUCAAUAGGACGGAAACGGAAGCGCUGUUUUUCCCAGAUGUGCUGCUUGACAAUGCCGAUGAGCUUGACUUUGGGUCAUUUGGCGAAGCUAGUGGACUUGAUGAUGGCACGUUUAACAGCAUUACAGGGUCCAGUUUGAGCUCAUUCGAAACCCGCGACAUUUUUAAGCCCGCAAGUCUGAACGGAGACUCGUUUGUAGAUGAGAUAGAGGCGAAGUGUGAAUCGAAUUUGAUUGUCCCGCAAGAAGCUACAGCAAAUGGAGCGACUUAUUCUAAUGGAACUUUACAUAACAACUACAAUUUUAGCAAGCCGACAUUGGACCUGGAGAGCAUGGGCAUGGGAUAUGGCAUCUCUAGUCUUUAUCUGCAGGGAAAUGGGGUAACCGGGAUGGGGUCUCCGUCAAGUCCCUCGAUAAGCCAGUCUGGGUUAAUAUCUCCGUCCGUGAUGGCCUCCGAGAAGCUCAACGGAUUGACGGUUGGGCAGAUGGCCCCUUCCUAUGGCCCGUCUUCUUUCGAUGCGAAGACCACGUCAAGCAUGGGGUAUCCACCAGGGAUGUCUUACUCGUCUGCAAGAGCAAUGUCUGUUAAUGCUGAGAUGAAGCAGUUUUUGUCGUCUCCACAAGCCACGCCCGUUACCCAAGUGGUGACAUUGCAGCCAGUUGCAAGUAUGCCGUCAAGGUUUGGAAGUCAGGACAUGCUAUUACCUGCUGCAGAGAGAAAUGGUCAUCAGAGCUCGUCACCUGUGUUAUCUCCAAACUCAUCUGACGGGAAGGAUCAGGUUGAGCGGCUUGUUGGAGGUGAAGCUGGGAUUAAAACGUCCCAAGAGAAACAGUAUUACAGCAUGAAUCAGCGAGGUGUGAUGCAGCAGGACAAGGGGCUUGAUACUGCCAGCUUCGUCGAUGAUCAGGUUGACGGAGACGGGGACGGGUUGCAGCCUCUGCCUCAAAUGACUCGACCGAGCAUGCAGCGAAGUUUCAGCAGUCAUGCUUUAGGCCAGCUCCGGCAUAUGAAUUCUGCACCAUCUCCAUCAGGAAAUGGGUCAGCUUCUCGUCAUUCCCAGAUGGACCGUUCUGGGGAAUUGCCAAGUCCAGGGGCUCGCCUGCAGCCCAGUAUCGCGGAGUUUCAGAGUGUUGGCAUGCGUCCCAUGAUGCGUCGUGUCUACAGUGCUGGGGAUAUCCAGACAUUGAAUGGUAUGCAAGGUGGAUUGAGCGGAGGUGGAUCUCCAAGUUUUGAGGAUAGCAAUUACAGGGUGGGAAAAUAUAGCAUGGAGGAACGUAAAAUAAGGAUACACAGGUAUCAGCAGAAACGCAGCCAACGUAACUUCAACAAGAAAAUAAAGUAUGCCUGUCGCAAAACAUUGGCAGAUAGUCGACCUCGAGUUCGAGGGCGUUUUGCAAAGAACAUGGAUGAUGAUUUACCGACCGCUCUCCUAGGGCGCAAGCGCGAAGAGUACGACGACGAGGAGGUUGAUGGGCAUGCUGGAGAAGUCAAUGGAUAUCUUCUCGACAAUUCUUCAGUACAAUAUUCCGCUAUGUUUACUCCCAUCAAAUUUGAGCAUCGCACUGUCAACAGCAUGUAAAUUUGAGAUUACAAAAUUAUUCCUGUGACUUUGGGUUGAAGGUAUGCUCUAGUCAAUCGACAUCUUUCUUCAGCUUCACUGGUGUUCAAACUUCACGGUAACUGCCAACCUUCCAAAUCUUCCCACUUGGAAGAUGGUUUGACACAUUCUUAAUGCUUAUACACCGCUCUGAUAGCUCGACUCUUUCAGAGGUGAAGGUAAAUUGUAGAACAACGUUGAGAGGCUAUUUUUAUUGAUCUUUCUCUCACCUCUAGUCCACCAGUUUUAUUUUCAAAGUUGUGAGUAGGGUGCGUAUUAUGUAAUGGUGGUGUUGAGGUAUGGAUGAGUGAUCAUUUAGCAUUGAAGUUUAAGUUAGAUGAGUCGUAGUUUCAUUAUGAAACUGUAGAUGGUUCCAAUUAAUUGAAACUCGAGGCAGUUGGUUAACUCAUGCUGUAAUUAUUAAAUGCGGCACGAAAGCAAGCCCAUUUAUAAAAUGUCUGGGAAUACUUUGUCACAAGUUUUCCACUGGUACGAAGUGGAUUAGCUAUAAUUUUUCCUUUUGGCUGUGCCAACAAGUUCAUCCUUGCUCUCUUGUUUCUAGUAAACUUUCCAUGCUCAUAUCAGGUUUCCAAAAGCCAGAUUAUUUUAACCAGCAGCAUGUUUAGUAGUUUGCUAGAAAUUCGAGUGCUAGUUGUUUUAGUAUGUCGACACAAUUCGCAGUUACUCGAGUCUUAGACCAAUAAUUGGGUCCUCUGUGACGGCCUCUGUUGAGCUUCAAGUUUAUGUACAUGUAGGCAUCACGUCUUGUUACUGCAAUAUGCUUCCCAUAAUGUUAAGCUGCUGCUUCUUGACUUCAAUAAACAUUUCAAGACAUGCGUCUAUUUUCUGUUAA